AUGGCUUCCUUUUUACCACAAAAGCCUUCAACGCCACCUCCGUCUUCCAAGGCGCCUCGUCGACAGAUGAUUCGUUCUACCUCCUCGGCCUCUCCGCUGCAGUGCGGCAUGAGUUCCAAGACCGGUCGGACCGGUCCCGUCGUUAUGGUGGACGUUCCAGAGUCUUCGACGAGCCCAUCUGCAUCCAUCAGCAUGCUGUCACAAGUUACAUCGGAUUCGCAAGAAAGCAGGGUGCACUUCGAGGAAUCUCCGGAGAUCAUUUUGUUCCUGAGUGCUGACGAGGGCUUGCCCGACCUUCCUGCGGUUACUGAGGAGGAUGAGCGCGCACAUUCAGACGAGGUGGAUCAGCCAAGCUCCUCGACGACGGCCCCCGCGCAGAGGGGCGCCACUACGUUGGCAGCGCCAGAUCUACCACCAGCCCCGCAUGACUUGUGCAAAGGAGGCCUGGCAGACCUCGCUGCAGAGAGGCGUGCCGCCAUGCUGAGGAAGCUCUUCCCGCCUCAGGACCUAAGUGAGCCCUGA